AUGGGGAAUGAGGCGAGCAUGGAGGGGGAGGCACAGGCGGGACAAGCCGGGCCCGCCGUGCCUUCAACGGGGGCUCCGGCUUCCAUUUCAGCACCAGCGGACUCUGGACAGCUCACCAAGCCCAGUAACGGAGCGCCAGCUGGAGGAAGUGGGGCUGCACCCGGCCCAGGGAUUAACAGAGCUCCACCGUCAGAUCCUGGGCCAAAAGCUGCCCUUCAAAGUGACCACCAGGGGACCGGGGACAGACUGGCCUCACAUGGGACUGACCAGAAACUGGCCUCACAUGGGACUGACCAGAAGUCCCGGAUGACUCUACAGGUGGACUCAGCCAGCAGCAGGACAGGGAGGUCCCCCUCAGUGUCCCCUGACCGCAGCGCCCCCUCCUCCCCCUACUCUGUGCCUCAAAUCGCUCCCAUGCCCAGCAGCAAACUGUGCCCAGUCUGCAAGACCACAGACCUGAUGGGCAACAAGCCCAGCGCCAACACCUGCACGCAGUGUCGCUCUCUGGUGUGUAACCAGUGCGGCUUCAACCCCAACCCCCACCUGACUGAGGUGCAGGAGUGGUUGUGUCUAAACUGUCAGAUGCAGCGAGCCAUGGGGAUGGACAUGAACACACCGCGCUCCAAGAGUCAGCAGUCGCUCCACUCCCCCUCAGCAGCCAAAAUGGACGUCCCACCACAGCCUGCCCCCCAAACACGACCACCCUCCCAAACACAGACACAGACACAGCCCGGCCCCAAACCCCAACUACAGCAACAGCCGCAAACAAGGUCCCCUGCUGCCAUGGCAAAGGCCCCCUCUCAACCAGACCUAUCUCGCAACUCUCCGGUCCACCAACCACACCCCCCUCGACAGGACCAGACACGGAGUGCGGGGAGCUCGCCAUCACGGCAACCCCCUCCUCCAGAGCAGACUUUUGGGAAAUUGUUUGGUUUUGGUGCAUCUCUGUUAAACCAAGCCAGCAAUCUCAUAUCAGAAACCAUUGAAACAAUUGAACCCCAACAGCAGCAAUCCCCCAAACCUGCCCCCAAACCCAGCCCCAGUUCUGGGUCCUUGGCUGGGAAAGCACCAGGGCCUCAACAAGCAGCAGCAGCAGCAGCAGCACAGCAGCAGCAGCAGCAGCAGCAGCAGCAGCAGCCCCCUCCUCCUGAGCCUAAAGCCAAAGUGUGCUGUCCUCUGUGUAAGACCACACUGAAUGUGGGCACCACCACAGAGGCACCCAACUACAACACCUGCACCCAAUGCCACGCCCAAGUGUGCAACAUGUGCGGCUUCAACCCCACACCCCAUAUAGUUGAGAACAAAGAAUGGCUAUGCUUAAACUGCCAGACGCAAAGGGCCCUUUCAGGAAGUUUGGGAGACCUUCCUGCACCUGUUCCACAGCCAAUGGGGUCGCCACGACAUCCUGCUCCAGCCAGUCAACAUCCACCUGCACAGCAAAUCCCCAAUCAGGCCUCAGGGCUUAGGCCCACAGCUCCUCACCAACAGAAAUCUCCGGGUCACCAAGUAAGUGCCCCACAGACCAAGGGGUCCAGUCAACCCUCCCCUCAGAGUAAAGCUUCUCCUCAACCCAAAUCUUCUUCCCUGCCCCCUGCCCAGAGUAAGGGCACAACACAGCCUCCUACUCAGACCAAGGGCACUAUACAGGCUCCUACCCAGACCAAGGGUACUGCACAGUCUCCUCAGAGUAAGGCUCCAAGCCAAGUUAAAGCUCAGCCCAUUUCUCAAGUAAAAGGGACAGGUACCGUUAAAGGCACAGUUAAGGCCUCUGCUCAGCCCUCUGGUGCAAAGGCUUCCCCUGCCUCUGGGAAAGCUGCACCUCAGAAAACUUCUCCAGCUCCCUCCAAAACUACGCCCGUUCAAUCUAAAACCACAGGUAACAAUCAGACCCGGAAACCUCCCCAGGGCCAGGAGAAAACAACUAAAACCAGCUCUAAACCUGCAAAAGAAGAUGUCAAGACUCCACCAAAGAAGACAGAACCUGUCACUUCACCUAAAGACACAAAGAUUGAUGAGGAUACACAGAUGUCCAGACACCAUCAGGACUACACCAAAUCAAGUACACAGAGUCUGAGUGACACCGGGUACUCUUCCGAUGGCAUCUCCGGUUCCCUGGGUGAGAUCACGGGCCAGAUCCAGGAGGAAAGCAUUAAACUCAAUGCGUCAGUGCCCUCAGAUAUCACCAAACUGGAGAGCUCUAUGAAGCCUCUGCUGGAGCCCGAACUGAAGAACAGGCCUCACUCACUAUCUGUGGGAGACUACAGUCCAGAAGAUGAUGCAGCGAGAGAUGAAUCAGAAGAUGACCUAAGCUGCAAACUUCGACACGACUAUGUGGAAGACAGCAGUGAAAGUGGUCUCUCACCACUACCAGUCAGACAGAAGAAGUCACACAAAGACCUAACAGAUGAGGAAUACAUGAGGAGGCAAAUCAUGGAGAUGAGUGCUGAUGAAGAUGAAAUGGAAGAAUAUGAGAUGCAGAAAACCAAAAAAACUCACAAAAGCAGUGCUGAUCAGGGUAAAGAAAGGCGCAGGUUAUCACAUCAGUCAAACAGCUUUGAGGAUGACCCCAAGGCAGCAGAAGCUAGAACAGAGGAAGAUGGUCUAAUGGCUCAAGGUGGACUCAGAAGGUUUAAGACAAUUGAGCUUAAUAAUACAAACAGUUACAACCGUGAUAUCGAGCUUAGCACUGAACAUGACUUAAGAGAGCCAGAGCUUGAAAUGGAAAGUCUGACUGGUUCACCAGAGGAGAGGUCCAAAGGGGACUAUUCAUCCACGCUUCCUGCCACUACACCUAGCUACACCUCUGGAACCUCCCCCACAUCUGUGUCGUCUAUGGAGGAUGACAGUGACAGCAGUCCCAGUCGUAGAGCAAGACUAGAAGAAGCGAAGCAGCAGAGAAAAGCAAGACACCGCUCCCAUGGGCCAUUGCUCCCUACUAUCGAGGACUCAUCUGAAGAAGAUGAGCUUCGAGAGGAGGAAGAACUUCUCAGAGAACAAGAACAAAUGAGAGAUUUAGAACAGCAAAGAAUCAGAAGUACAGCUCGGAAAGCCAAACGAGACAAGGAGGAGCUGAGGGCACAGAGACGCAGGGAAAGGUCUAAAACUCCUCCCAGUAACCUUUCGCCGAUUGAGGAUGCAUCACCAACAGAGGAGUUACGACAAGCUGCUGAAAUGGAAGAACUUCACAGAUCCUCAUGUUCUGAAUACUCCCCUUCAAUGGACUCUGAGGCUGAGGGCUUUGAGGUGAUUGCUGGAAAGUUGUAUAAAUCUGGCAAUGAGUACAAUCUUCCCACUUUAACAACACUCUACUCACCCACAGAAAAGACAGCAGUGUCACCAUCAGAUAAAACGCUCAAAAGUGCAGAAGAGGUCUAUGAGGAAAUGAUGAGGAAAGCACAGCUAAUGCAAAAACAAGGGCAAACGGUUCAGCAGAAAGGCACUGAAAGCAGGUCCACUCUGGAACCUGGUGGUGCUUUAACUCCAGGCUCCAGUCCUACACAGAUCGGAGCUCCAGUCUCAUUCUCUUCAACAGAUCCUAGAAUCCAAGCUGCACAUCUGUCAAAAGAAACUCAAAACAGGAUGAUGACUCAAAGUGCCAAAAUCGAAGGUGUUGUUGGAGUGUCCACAACAAAAGCUCAACCUGCCACCACAAGACAAAGUGGUCCCCAAAGGCCAGCACAAACAACACCAGAACCUGCCUCAUCUUCCAUCACCUCCAAAGUCUUCUCACUAUUCAAAGGCCCCAGUCCUCCUGUAUCUCCCAGUACCUCCCCUGCCCAAAGCCCACAUGCACCAUCAGUUCGGCCUUCCAGUGGCAGACAGUUGCCCUCAGUGCCUGGUGGUCCUCCAGCUACAGCAACACAAUCACCUCAAAGAGCAAUGUCACCAAGGCUUGCCCGUCAGCAGUCCUCUCAGGAGUCUCCAGUAAUGGUCAUAACACUGGCUUCUGAAACACCUAACUCUGCCAGGCCACAGACUGUAAAUUCCUCCACUUCUCCAUUGUCAUCCCCUACACAAGCCAACUAUAAAACUUUGUAUAGCACCCAUGCCCCACCCACAAGCUCUCCCAAACAUUCAGUAAAUGUUGGCAUUAGCACUAUGAAUGCACGUGAAUCAACUUCACUGGAAAAAAUAUCAAAUGUUGCAUGCUCCUCAAGUUCAAAUGUGGUGGAUCUGCGAGCUCCAAUGCGGUCUGCCCCUAUCAUAAUGACAGAUCAGGGAAUGGACUUGACAUCUCUAGCUUCUGACACAAGGCGAUACACUGGAGGAGUGGAGCUGCCUUCUGGUCGACAUACUGCUGUGCAACCUCUCAUAAUGAAUCUUAAUGCACAAGAACAGCCACAUGUCUCAGUAUCUACACCUACAACGGUUAGUGUCACAGUAGCCGGUGUUGUGUUCAUGUCCCCAUCAAAGACACCUGUUAUAUAUGGAGAUCCUUUGCAAAAUCGUGUUGACUUGGGACAAGGUGUUGGCUCAGCUGUGUGUUUGACUCAAAGUAAACCCCCAAUCACUGACCCAUCUAUUCCUAAAAUUGAUGCUUGCCUUGAAAAUCUGGGUCUACAACAACAGCAGUUACAGUUACAACAACAAAAACUUCUUCAACAGCAACAGCUUCUGGAACAGCAGCUUCAGCAACACCAGCAGCAAGCUUCCUUUGCCCGGUACAAUUUAGCAAAUCAAGUACAGCCAGUGAUUAUGAAGAAAGAUCUCGUAGUGAGUCAAACAAGUACCGCUCAACCUGUAGUGACAGCAAGUGCCAUAACUAGACCAACAGUCCCACAUUCAGUGUCUGGAGCUGUGACCACGGCUCCUCAAGACAUCUACGGUGGAGUUGCCUUAGAACUGAAAAACAAGCCAACAGCAAUUAACCUAUCCACUGGAAAACCUCAUGUUAUGAUGGUACAACUUGAUGAUAGCAGUGCAUCACAAAAUACCAUGGUUACUCAACUUGUAAAGCAAGAAGAGCCCCCUCCCCAGGUCUUGGAUCUCACUGGGCAGCUAAAAUCAGAAAACCAAGCAGCUUGUUGUGAUGUUGUUUACAAGUUACCAUUUGCUGGCUCUUGCUCUGGGGCAUUUGGGCAAAACACAGCAGAUACAAAUCCUGCCACUGAAACUAACCAAGCUCCUAAACCAUCACCGCCACAUUUAAGUGCAGGCCAACAACAACAGCAAGUUUCUAAAGGAAUAACAGAAGAACACAAAGCAUAUCAGCCUCCUGUAUUCACUCUGGGAAGAAUUCAACCAUCCAUGUCUGAUACCAACUUACCUUCAAUGACAGAUGGCAGUCAACAUCAGGGCAGGGUGCAGGGAGGGGCAGCGGUUGAUCUUACAGGCCUGACUCAGACAUAUGAUGGAGGAUAUCUCGGUAUGGGAGCACAAUAUGGCUCAUACACCGACUUGCGUCAAGAUUACUCAACCUCCUCUCUACCACUUCGCCGAUAUGGCUCCUUGUCUAAUAUCAGUUCUGACUAUAACUAUAGUGCACAAAACCUAUCUGGAUCCCAGGACUCAAAUCUUGCACAGUAUAGUGCCACCACAGCAAGAGAGAUCAGUCGCAUGUGUGCAGCACUUAAUACAGCAGACCACAUGGGGAGAUACAGACAUAGCACUGAAUUGGUCCCAUAUGGAGCAGGAAGAGGUGGUUCCUUGGGAAGGCUAAAUCUUCAGCAGAGUUUAGCAUCAAUAAGAGCCAGUCUUUUAUAUGGACCAGAUGGAAGACCAACCCCAAGUAGUCAAGCGCUAACAAAUUUGAUUAAUGCUAGACAAGCAAGUCUACGUGCAAUGUACCCAGCAGCUGUAAGAGGGGGCGAUGGCAUGAUAUAUUCCACCAUUAACACCCCUAUAGCCUCUACAUUGCCUAUUACCACUCAGCCAGCCCCUGUCAUCCGUCCCAUGUCUGGAGGAAUAUACAGGCCAUACCCUGCAGGAGUAACAGCAGUACCACUGGCUAGCCUCACAAGGUUACCCCAAGUAACUCCUAGAAUGCCUCAUCCCACACAAGGACAGUAUUAUAAUCAGUAUCCAUCAUCAGCUACUCCAGCAGCUAUUACCAGUUCCAUGCCCCAAGAAACACCAAUGUACCUUGGAAAACCAUCAGCACCAGACACUGCCCAAACAAAUGCAAUAGUUGCACCUACUCCGGCUGCAGCCCAUGGAGGGGUACAUAGAGUUUCAGCACUUGCUCUCCCAGCUCCAGGAGAUCAACAGGCAACUCACCUUCCCUCUCCUGCAGCUCUUCCUAUAGCUCAGAGCCAGCCUGCUUCCAUCCAGCCAGUGCAAACAGAACCACUAUCAUUAACCCAGUCUCUAGUUCCAGUUACAAGUCAACAAUCGGGCCAACCACAAACAGCAGCAACUGGGACUCCCGCAAGUAAACUUUCUCCUCCUGCUGAAAUACCAAAAGGAAAAGAAGAUGAGAAAAUGAGUCAACAGCAAGAACAUAUAUUGCAACUAGAGCGAGAACGCGUUGAACUGGAGAAAUUACGGCAACUGCGAUUACAGGAGGAGCUUGAAAGAGAUCGCAUGGAGCUUCAGAGGCACAGAGAAAAAGAGCAGUUAAUUGUUCAGCGUGAAAUUCAAGAACUUCAAACAAUCAAACAGCAAGUAUUGCAGCAACAGCAAGCAGAGCGUGAAACACAGCUCAUCAUGCAAAGAGAACAGCUGGCACAGCAACGUAUGCAGCUUGAACAGAUCCAGUCUUUGCAGCAGCAGCUCCAGCAGCAGCUGGAGGAGCAAAAGCGGCAGAAGACGGCUGCUGUGGAGGCCGCUGCUGCCGCUGCUGCAGCAGAGGCAGCUGCAGCCUCUGCAGCUGCAGCUGCUGCCGCCACAUCAGCACAGGGAGCCCUGCAGGGAGUAGUUGGAGGAACACCUCAUGGGUUCAUUAUUUGUGACCACACUGGUAGAGUUAUUCAACAAGAAGGCCAGAGCGUUCAGUUUUGGCAAGAUGGACAGGUGGUGCAAGCUGUGGUUGCUGGUCGGCCAAUUCAAAGCUCUGCAUCUGAAAUGUCAUUAAGAAGCAGUGAAAAACAAGUUGACCCGAAGGUUAUGAGAAAACAAAAUUCUAUGCCUCGGCUUAGGGAUGGUACAGAAGAUGACUCUGUGAAGAAGAUUACUGACAGCUGUGUACAAACAGAUGAUGAAGAUGGAGAAGACAGAUUUAUGAAUCGCCGCAGGCGGACAAGGCGCAUAGCAGACUGCAGUGUGCAAACAGAUGAAGAGGACCAGGGAGAGUGGGACCAACAACCAGUAAGGCGAAGGCGAUCACGAGCAUCAAAGCACUCUGAAUCCAGUGGGGAAAGUAAAUCUGUGUCUUCAAGUAUAGCUAUUCAGACCACAAAUGAUUCUUCAUGUCAAACUGAAGCAGACCAGCUUGGCAGGGUUUCUCCUGCAAUCCAUAUUACAAUGGCAGAGACUUCAAAAGUCGACCUGUUACAUUAUAUAGCUGCUCCCGAGAGAACACACAAAGGAGAGAGUCUGGCUUGCCAAACAGAGCCAGAGUCACAGUCCCAGGGUGUAGUAGCACCUCAGCUCAGUGUGCCUACAACCAUCAGUCCCUACUCCACAAGCCUGCACAUAGUUGGAGCAAACUCAGCAGAUGCAGCCUCCCCAAGACUCCAAGGGGUAGCAACAUUUGAGAGAAGAAAACCUGACCCUCUGGACAUCAGCUACCAGCAGCAUGAUUCUCGUCAGCCCCCUAAAUCUCCCCAGGUUCUAUACUCCCCAGUGUCUCCUCUGUCUCCUCAUCGCAUGUUGGAGACCACAUUUGCAUCUCAGGAGAAACUUAACAAGGCCCACGUCACACCUCAGCAGAAAGCCUUCACAGCUGAAUCACCCCAGCGCCAUCAGUCACUCCCAAGACCCAUCAAAAGUGUACAGCGUUCCAUGUCAGAUCCCAAACCUCUCAGCCCCACAUCUGAGGAUCCAGCAAAGAACCGGUUUUCUCCAUACCAUCAACAAGCAUUGUCCAACAGUCAGAUGGCCUCCCUGCAGCAGCAGCAGAAUUCUCUGAUGAGAAAAGUGAAGAGAACACUUCCCAGCCCUCCUCCAGAGGAGACUCCAAUGCCUAUUGUCACUCCAGCACAAAUGUACAGCUCGCCUGGCAUGUCCCAGAGAGUCCUACCACGCUCUGCCCAGGGGGUCACUAAAGCUGGGCUACUACAUGAACUCAAAGCAGUAGAACAAGAGUCAUCAAAGCUACGUAAGCAACAGGCUGAGCUAGAGGAAGAAGAAAAAGAAAUAGAUGCCAAGCUUCGUUGUUUGGAGAUGGGCAUAACUCAGCGCAAAGAAACAAUGGUAAAGGAAAGAGAAAGAAGAGAGUUGGCCUACCUGCGAUGCAUGGGCGAUGCUCGAGACUACAUGUCAGACAGUGAGCUCAAUAACCUAAGGAUGGCAGCUGGAGCUUUUGAUGCUAACGGUCUUUUGAGUAGACCCAGUACUGCACCACUGAGCCAGUUUACCAAUGACCCCAAUGCAACUUCACAGUAUCCCUCAACUUCUUCUUACAUGUCUUACCCCUAUUCUCAAAGUCAGUCAUCAGUUCAACCACCAGUUUCUGCCUAUGGGUUCCAAACUCCUUAUCCAACCUCAGCACCCCAACCUGGAACAUUUCAGCCCCAUCCCCCCACAGGACCACUGUACCCAAAUCAGACAAGUUAUUCCUCUCGUGCCUAUGGCCAGUCUUCCUAUCAGACAGAUCUUGGUAUGCAACAGCAUAGCCACCAGGGCUUCCAUCCUUCCAGUCAACCCAUGCCUGGUCAAAGCCUUCCAUAUCCAACUAGUUCCUUCCAACCUGGUCACCCUUACCAACAACAAGCUGACAUUCUUACGGUUCACCAAAGACCCCGGCAGACAUCUUUGGCAGAUCUAGAGCAAAAACACCCCACAAACUAUGAAGUGAUCAGUAACCCUGCAGUGUCAGUGGCCACAUCUACUCCUGACACCAGCUAUGGCUCUAUGUACAGCAAUGCUUAUGGACAAUACCGCCCUCCUGAGCCCGGUCUGGUUCACUCCAAUGAAAAUCCAAUAAACACAUAUGCCACGGAUGGGAUGUACACUGCCAAUCUGGAGCAGAAUAUCCCUAGAAACUAUGUUAUGAUAGAUGACAUAAGUGAACUGACAAAAGACAAUACUGGACAAACUGCUGAUGCCCUUGGACAUCCUGCAGGUGUACGUUAUCGCAAUGAGAAUGGUCCUGUGCAUGGUUCUGCUUAUGGAAGGCCAGAAGAGGAGACUUUGGAUGCUUAUGGCAGGCCAACAGGCACCACUGGUUACCAAAGCACUGCGGACAGUCGCACAAGUACAACAGUGAGUGGGAGCUCCUCCUAUUACUAUGAUGACUAUACUAAACAUGGAACAAGAAGUGGCUCUGGAAGCCAUAAAAGUACACCUAAGAAUCUUACCCCUGGAGUAUCUUCUAAAAGAAGUAAGCAUAGAAAACAAGGAAUGGAGCAGAAGAUAUCAAAAUUUUCCCCUAUAGAAGAAGCACGAGAUGUUGAAUCUGAUCUAGCCUCCUACACAAUGACAACAUCAACAGGAGGCAGCUGUACAGUAGUAACCAGGUCCAAGAAAGGGCAGGAAGAUGCUUCUUAUGGGAAAAGGCAUUCCUAUGAUCAGCAGAAAUACUAUGGAACAAGUCGAGAGGGACUGGAGGAGGAGGAUCACAUGUACACUGCUGGCAGAUCAAGAUCAACUGGAUAUGGCAUGGACAAGAUUUCAUCUAGAGAUAGCACAGGCCACAGAAGCAAAUCCUAUGAAAGAGAUGCAAUGGAGCGCUCUCAAAGAAGCAGUCGUAGUGGAAGACCUCCAAUGCGCAACCAAAAUUCAGAAGAGGAAAGUCCUCUUAGUCCUGUAGGGAAACCUGUUGGCAUCGGCCGCAGCUCUGCUGCAGCUGAUGCUUAUGAUGCCAGGAACCAGUAUGGCUCAAGUCAUUCACUGCCAGACGUUCAAGACCAUCACAAAAAGGAUCUUCCCAGAAGUCAUGUCUAUAAACCUGAUGAUCCUUAUCUUGUAGAUGACAUGCACUGUGCAGUUUCUGACAGUGAAGCCUAUCAUUUGGGUCAAGAGGAGACAGACUGGUUUGAGAAACCACGGGAAGCACGCUCAAAACAUCAUGGCAGUAGUGGACAUUCAUCCACAGGUAGGCGCAGUAAGCACACCUACCAUGACUACGAUGAGCCCCCUGAGGAGUACGGUCCAGAUGAAUACAACCAACAGCGCCACACAUCUUCACGGGAACAUCGUCACCACGGCAGCAGUUCUGGGAGACACAGUUCAUCCCGGCACUCUUCUGAGGAUCCCAGGUCAUCUCGUUCUUCCCGGACACACUCCAAAGAUCCAUCCACGCGCUCUGACGGCAGGACCUCUUCAGGGGUGCAGAGGAGGGCCCACCCAGACUCCCGUACUACUACGGGAAGCCCAAGAAACUCAGGUGACUUUUCACGAGAUUCACCCACAGGACAUCAUCAUGGAAGGGGUCAAAGAACACAAGGAGAUCGCCCACCAUCCAGGAGACAAGACCCCAACACACCAGGGCCCAAAGAUCAGCAUCCACAGCAGCAGACAGCUCCAGGUCAACAGCGGGCUGGAGCGCAGGUUGGACGACAUCCUGGAUCUGAAUCAACAGAUGGCACACAGCCGUCGCAGCAGAGCACCCAACAGCAGCAACAGCAACAGCAGCAGCAGCCGCCAGUGCAGCAGGGACAGACAACAACUGCUCCAGGACCAGGAGGAGCACAACAACCCAAACCUGCACCAGCCUCAGCACAAGGGAGGCAACCUGGCACUGGAUUGGCAACAGGACCACCAGUUCCCACUGUUACAAAAAUGGAUCCUGCUCCCCCACCGAGUGGAAUAGGAUCUAAAGCCAUGAUGGGCCCACCUGCGCCACAGCCAACCAAGAUAGCUACACCUCCUUUGACGGGCAUUGGCUCCAAAGCUACUCCGGUCGGCAUUGGCAGUAAACCUGGAGGUAUCGGCACUGCUGCAGCAGGACAAGCCCCAGCCGAAGGAGAAAAUGUCCUGACUAAAAUCCUGCAAGGAGGGGCAGCAGAGCAGGCUGGGAAACUAGGGGAUGCUCUGUCUGGCCUUGGAAAGAAGUUCACUUCAUUCUGGUGA